GCUUCCAAUAACAUACUCCAGUAGUACCUUUACAAACGGAGCCGCAGUACCGUCAGCCGGCCAUCAACUAUAGUGGGACAGUCGCAACCUUGAUCGCAUAGCCUGUGCACUUGGUACAGAGCUCUCCCUAUACUUUCGAAGUCACGCUGUCAUUCCGAAGACUUCUUACCACCUUUUACGACUAUGCGACCGCGGCGCAUUACCACCAGCAAGUUUGACCUCCACGACGACAGUACUUCAAGGCUAUAUUGGCAGGAUAAUUGCGGAGCUUAAGUAUAUGCCACCAAUGCAUAUCUGCCUGUUCGAGGACUAUCUGUUGAAUGCUUGCAUUCUCUUCUAGGGCUGAAUGCUGAAGCGUCUCCGCCGUCUGAAACCGCUCGUACGAAUGCCCUGUUUCCGAACCGCACUCGUGUCGACGCCUAUAUCUUGCUUAGAAGGACUAUCAGCAUGAUCUCUGCGCCGAUUCUGCCUUCGCACAUGCGUGCAUUCCGGUCAACGCCAUCAACACCCGUCUCGGUCAACGCCAUCACCGUCCUCCUUCGUCCGCGCCAUCACCUUCCGCCUUCGGCCCCGCCAUCACCUCUCGCCCUCGUCCACGCCGUCAGUUUCUCCUUGCUUGGCCGUGGUGGCAGCACCUGCAGGCAUUGCCUCUCUUGCAGCUUUCCACAGUCAACAGACUCGCGAAGGUGGGUGGAGGAUACGCAGGACGAAGUGGAUUGUUGGGGCACACUCAAGCACACCUGUCUAUGAAGAAGCCAAGCAAGCCGAACCUCUCAGCUUGGCUAGCUUGCUCCAAAUUAACCGACAACUUGGCCUACAAGCCAGCCGUUGUGGGCUUUCAACUUGGCUUGCUGGCAAGCCGUUCAAUGCUUGGUUCGAAUUAUGGAGCAAGCCGCGCAUGCCUUCAGCUUAGGUGGCUUGCCUGCCAUAUUUGACGGCUCAGUUUAUUCGCUAGCCAGUCCGAGACACUGAGCUUGGCUUGCUUGU